AUGAAAUCCACCUCAUCGAACGGUGUGAAAAAAUCGAAUGCAUCACAUUUUGAAUCGCCAUUGCAUCAUUCAAAUUCAGAUUCUGUGUUGAUACAAUAUGAUAUUCAUAAUAAUAGUCAUCAACAGAAUGCUAGUAAUACAGGAACGAAUUCAAAUUUGGGAGAACAAGAAAUACUGAACUCUCUCACUUUUGCUAAAAAAGGAGUUUUUUCACACAAUGGAUCCGCAGGGGCAUCCUCUUCAUCCAAUUCUUCAAAUAGCUUUUCCAACAGUUUUUCAAAAAACAACACGAGUAUUGGAUUGGAAAUUAAUUUUUGCGGGAAUCAAUUUUUCAGAAUCAUUCAAAUCGAUCAAUAUAGUGCAUUAUUAGCUUCUUGGAAUUUUGGAGAUGACACUUCGACUGCUUCGCUACCUCUUUCUAAAGUUUUCGAUUUCGAAUAUUGCAAGUUCUUGAUUCCUCCCACGCACGUUUUUUAUUGUGUGACCACCUCGAAAUGUAUCUUAACUGGAAUGGUGAAUUUAUCAGCACUCAAUUUGCAAGAUGAAGACUUGACCGUUCAACAACAAUUUGGAAGCGUUCGAAAAACAUUGGACAAGUUUGCUGAUUAUUUGAUUGAAUCAGGAUUCUAA